UGAACAAACCUCCGGCAGGUAAGAAACGGCAAACAUGUUUUAAACGCUGACGGUCGACUUUUAAGGUUUGAGCUUUCUGGUGUGUGUUUUCAAAAGCAUGAUUGUGCGUGAAUGGUGGUUAUUUGUGGGAGAUAGAUAUGAAAGUUAACAGGGCCAUGUCUACAAGGACUAGCUCAGCUAAGUCUUCCUGUUCAAUGUGUGGUGUGUUCGGUGCCUGAUUGCCGUGAAGGAUAAUUAACAAACUAUCAUCAUGUGUGAAGAAAACGUAACGCUUGUUCUCUUUCUUAGUUUAUUACAUGUGACUUGGAUAUUCACAUUUACUCAAGUUAUUUAAUCACAUAUAACCGUAAAUAUAAUGAGAAAGGAUAUGAAGUUGUAUCGGCAAUGUGGUAGAUUAUAGGUACAGCUUGUGAAUUUCACAUUACCUCAAAGUUUUGCCUGUCUAUGAUGUGCAUAUCUACAGGAUGUGGUGUAGGUCUAGAAGGUUACGCAUCUGCACGGGGCAAGGCGCCUGUGUGUAUGCGUUCACCCCUCCUGCAGGCCACACAUUUCAAACUGGCCAAUCAGCAGAGUGGUGCCUUGAGUAAAAUGAGGAAGGCGUGUGGUGGGAGGUUGAGGACAGUGGGUGACUUGGGGGACUGAACUUUGUCCAGGAUUAUUGGCCAGUGCCACAUCUGUAUUUGUUUUGGUGAAGCUAUUUUUAGAUACACAUUGUCAAGCCAUUUUGUUUGUUUGGUUUUUAGAUGUAUUAGCUAGGCCUAGUUUUGUUAUAUUGAUCUCUAUUGUUUGACACAACCACUUUGUCCCAUCCUCUCCCACAUUGUUUGAGAACUUCUGUUUGCACAUAUUGAGUAUAAAAUAAAUCUCCUAAAUUGUGACUUUUACUCGACAUUUUCUUUGGUUGUCAUGUUAUCAUCUCAAGUUUAUCCAGAGAAUACAAAAUGGGACGUACCAGAUGCUGAUUUAGUCUUGACAUCAAUCUAUAUAAGAUAUGAUUGAUGGUUGUUUGUACAUGUCUGAAAUGAUGAUCUCCGCUGAUAUGUCUUUUUCAAAGAAGACAUGUUGACUUGUCAAACAUUCACGAUGGCUCCAAUAGUUGUUGUUAUUGAUUUGACAGUUUUUUAAAUUUAUUUGUCAUUCACCCCACACAAUACGUAACUUUCUUUUUUAAUUGUUCUACAGGGCACACAACAUUGAUAUUGAAUCUAAUGCUGUCGCCUAAAUUCCAGCUUUAUUAUUUCCAUCAUUUGACAUCCAUCACUGCAGUGUCAAACACUUGCGGAAGGAGAACAGUCUUGUAUAGUUUCUGAAGGAUUCCUGAAUAGGUCCAAUGUUAUUGUACUAACGAUACCCAUUUAAUGCUUUAAAUACAUUUAUCGCAAAAUAGUUUAACAUGGCCAAACAAAUGGAUUGUGAUGUAAUGCUUCCUGCUCUCUCUCUCUCUCUUGACAAUGACUAUAAUUAGUAAAUCAGGAAAGUAUAGGUCACCAGGAAAGGACAAUCUCUCCGAUUGUGGGGAGGUGCAUUUCUAAUCACUUGAAAGUUAUAUGUAGUUCACAUUAAAACUGACCCUCAUUUUGGUACAAUAUAACCUUAACUAUUUAAUUUCUGUGUAUUUUGCAAAAUAAUCACAUUUCCAAUACCUGCAGUAUUUGUAAGAAAUCUGUUUUAUAGAUUACUUUUUCAAACAGAAAUAGACAUCUUCACAAUCUGUCAAUUUGUUGUCCACAAAUCAAUUUGUGGUCCACAAAUUAUUGUAGUAUUUUAAAUUGUAUGCAAAAUAAUGCAGGUAAGUAUUGCUGCCAGAUAUUUUAUUUACAGUACAAUGAUACAAUAUUAUACUUAAUGAUAUAUACUAUAUCAGGACAUGUAUAAAGAUGUGAAAUGGUCGACAUACAAUCAAUGACUUGGUCCCCAUAAGCACCAAUAUGAAAAAUAUAUUUUCUUUAAUUUGCCCAUUUUACUAAGCGAGAUGACAACAAUAAAUGUACAGUAGCAAAGCAGAUGUGCUUCAAUAAAUGACAAAAUAAAAUAGUUAUUUGGGUGAACUGAGUUGGGGUAGGUUUCUCUAUCACUACAUGCCAGACUAUAACGUCUGCUUGUUGAGUGUAACACGACUGCAAUAAAUGCACCGUUGCAAUUUUACAUCCAAUAAUAUUGCCAUUGCCUGCAGAACUGCGUAACCACUUGUGAUUCUAGUUCAGGCCAUACACUCCAAUGCCGACAGGGGGCGCCCCGCGAUCAAAACGGCUCAUUUAAACUUGUGCUAGUCUUAAAUUUUGUAAAAUCUGCAGAAAGAAAGACCAACACCGAAAAUGAAGUGACUAAUUCCUCAGAAUAAAAUACUAAAUGCGUUUGUGCUGCUGAUUCUUACGAUUACACUAAUAAUGUGUAUAAUCCGAAACUUUAUUAUUAUGUUUCGAAUAAGCCUUUUAUAUCUAUAAAUCUACAUGGAUUGAUGGAUUGCGUGGAAUUGUAGACUUUUACUUUGAAAACCGUACCGGAAACGUGGUUCAAUUGGGUUCCCUUGACAGUAUUGUGUGUCGUGCCUGAAAGGGUGACUGUGAAGUCUUGCAGCGGCUCGGACUCGGGGAGGGACAACUUACGAUGGUCGCUCUUCAACUGUUUGCGUUUCUUUCUUCCCGGUUCUGAGGACGGGGCGACCGCGGCUGCACUGAACUCACUGCGGCCAACUCCUGCGAGAGGAGCUCGGACAACCCCGGACAUUUUUUGUUGACGUUAACAUCGCUACUUUGGCCUUUUACUGUCGUUUGAGGAGAUCCAGCGUGCGGUUCUCCGGCGCGAGGAUGUGGACAGAUUUGGUAAAAACAGGGGUCGAAACUGCGAUUGAUAUGUCAUGUGACCCGAUCCGGAGCUGGUGAUGUUUCUUUCCGCGUCAUCCAUACAUGUCGUACCCGCAGCCCUUUCCUCCGCCCAAGGGCCAGACAACCGGCGACGUAAAGGAAACCGGUCGCUGAGUUUCGAUGCGUUCGUCUCGUUGAUGGCACCGUGUCCUGACCUCGUCGAGUCGGCGGCCGUCUCUCGUUGAAAGCAGCCGUGUUGCAUCGGGAAAACAGUGACCCCGGGACGCGGGAGAAGGGCAGGUGAACUCUGCUUUGCUGAGUGCCGGAGUGUGGUGGAGCCAGGUGGAGCCAGGUGGAGCCAGGUGGAGCCAGGUGGAGCCAGGUGGAGCCAGGUGGAGCCAGGGGUGCAGCAGCAGCAUCGGGUUCAGGAACCGUCAAUGUGGACGUCAGCUGGUGAUUUGACAAGUCGCAUCUAGGAGCCGCCUCGAGUGUUUCCUGUCCCCCCUCCCUCCCUCAGUCCCUCCCACCCCCUUCCCUUGUCAAUCUUCUCCCUGAUCCCCCUUUCCCCCUCCUUUUAAUAUCCACCAUGCUUAUCAAGGAGUACCGCAUCCCCAUGCCCAUGAGUGUGGAGGAGUACCGUAUCGCCCAGCUCUAUAUGAUCCAGAAAAAGAGCAGAGAUGAGAGCUGUGGUGAAGGAAGCGGGGUGGAGAUUCUAGAGAAUAAGCCCUACACAGAUGGACCGGGUGGGACGGGCCAGUACACCCACAAGGUUUACCAUAUUGGCAUGCACAUUCCCAGCUGGUUCCGCUCCAUCUUGCCCAAAGCAGCACUGAGGGUUGAAGAGGAGUCCUGGAACGCCUACCCUUACACCCGCACCAGAUACACCUGCCCCUUUGUUGAGAAGUUUUCCAUUGACAUUGAGACCUACUACAAACCUGACACAGGCAACCAAGCAGAUGUCUUCAACAUGUCUGCAGUAGAGAAGAGGCAGAGGACUAUUGACCCAAUCGACAUCGUGACAGAUCCAAUGUUGCCUUAUGAGUACAAAGCAGAGGAGGAUACACGGCUCUUCAAGUCAGCAAAGACCCAGAGGGGUCCUCUGCAGGACGACUGGAUAGAGGAGUACAAUAACAACCCUGGCAAGACCCCCAUCAUGUGUGCCUACAAACUCUGCAAGGUGGAGUUUCGUUACUGGGGCAUGCAGUCUAAGAUCGAACGCUUCAUCCAUGAUGUUGGACUGAGAAAGGUGAUGGUGCGUGCCCACCGGCAGGCCUGGUGCUGGCAGGAUGAGUGGUACGGUCUGACCAUGGAGGACAUCCGGCAGCUGGAACUGGAAACUCAGCUGGCCCUGGCCACGAAGAUGGCCCAGUUUAGUCAGGCAGAGGAGGCCACCGAGGCUAACGGAGGUGCUCAGUCUCCGGACAAAGAGCAGGAGGUUAAAGAGGCGAUCAGUUCCAUUGAAGCUGAGGAGGUGGUUGUCAGCUCAGGUGGAGAGACUCUCCAGCCUCGAGGUGUACUCACCAAACAGUGGUCCACUUCAUCCCGAUCCUCCCACUCAUCAAAGAGAGGAGUGAGCCCAUCACGUCACAGCAUCUCAGAGUGGAGGAUGCAAAGCAUAGCUCGAGACUCAGAUGACAGCUCUGACGAGGAGUUCUUCGAUGCUCAUGAGGAUCUGUCAGACAGCGAGGAGGUCCUCCCAAAGGAAAUCGCAAAGUGGAACUCCAACGAGCUCAUGGACAAGAUUGAAGCUGCAGACACAGAGGAAACGCCGGGUGAGCUGUUGAAGGAAAUGACAGUGGAUUAUGAAAGAGCAACCAGUGAGGAAAGACUAGAUGAGGAUAACUCGUCCCAGCAGUGUCUGCAGCCUUCCAAGAUCCAUGUGCUGAUCUUAGUUCUGCACGGAGGGAACAUCCUGGAUACAGGCGGCGGGGACCAGAACAGCAAGCAGGCCGACGUCAACACGAUUAGUACGGCUUUCGACACGGUCAUGCGUGUUCACUACCCCGCGGCGCUGGGACGCAUCGCCAUCCGCUUGGUGCCCUGUCCUGCCAUCUGUGCCGAGGCCUUCUCCCUGGUGUCUAACCUGAGCCCAUACAGCUACGAUGAGGGAUGUCUGUCGAGCAGCCAGGACCACAUCCCGCUGGCAGCUCUCCCCCUCCUGGCAACCUCUGCUCCGCAGUACCAGGAUGCCAUGGCCGCCGUCGUCCUCAGAGCCAACCAGGUGUACACAGACUUCAUAAAGUCUCUGGAUGGGGCAGCUUUCUCUGGCCAGGUGUGCCUCAUUGGGGACUGUGUGGGAGGAAUCUUGGGAUUUGAUGCACUGUGCAGUAGCAAUCAGACAGUGAAUGAAAGCCAGAACAGCAGUCGCAGGGGCAGUGUUGUCAGUGGACAGGACCAGGAUCUCCUCUCUCCUGGCAUUAUUGUCAACAGCGGGCCUGCCUCUCCGACCCUGGAGGGCAGUCGCCACCUCAGUCGCAGUAACAUCGACAUCCCUCGUGCUAGUACAGGUGACGACACCAAGCGGCAACUGCCACGCAAGAGAAGUGACUCCUCCACUUACGAACUGGACACAAUAAAACAACACCAGGCCUUCCUGACCAGCUUACAUUCCAGUGUUUUGCGGAACGACACAGUGUCACGCAUGUCCAGCAGCAGCACUAUGCUGGAUGGAAGCUCCCUGGGGAAGUUUGACUUUGAAGUGUCUGACUUUUUCAUGUUUGGCUCUCCGCUGGGCUUGGUACUCGCCCUGAGAAAGACUGUCAUUCCUAUGCUGGAUGUGGCCCAGCUGCGGCCUGCCUGUCAACAGGUAUAUAACCUGUUCCAUCCAGCUGAUCCCUCAGCCUCCCGCCUGGAGCCUCUACUGGAGAGGAAAUUUCACCUCCUGCCUCCCUUCAACGUUCCGCGCUACCAACGCUUUCCCCUGGGAGAUGGAAACUCCGCCCUACUGGCGGAUGUUGUUCAGUCUCAUGGUGGUGUCUUCAUGGACAGUUCGUACCCCUCAUCCCCCGUAACGGGCCCCCUCUCCCGGGGCCAGCGGAGGGCCAGUGAGAUCAGCAUUGCCAGCCAGGUCUCAGGAAUGGCAGACAGUUACACUUCCACCAACAUAGCCAACACCAAAUCAUGCCAAAAUAUCCAAUCCAAAAAGUUCAGUCUUUUGUCCCAACUCGCCCUUUCAUCACAAAACAAAUUCUUCCUGAAAAGUCCUCCUAAGUCCCGUAAGAAAGCAGAGGCUAAGCCGGCCGAAGGAUCUCCUGCUGCAGAUGUAGUGGCAGAGCUGGACAGUGAGGCAGAGACUAGUGAAAGUCUGAGUCCCAUUGGCCAGUACGAGAACUGCCUGUCAGCAGGGCUGCACUGUGCUAUAUCUGAUCUGGUCUCACUGGACUCCCAGGCUGAAUUGGACCAAGUUGCAGCACGUUGGUGGGGCACAAAGCGGCUGGACUUUGCCCUGUACUGCCCCGAUGCUCUCACCGCUUUCCCCACAGUGGCUUUGCCGCACCUCUUCCACGCAUCAUACUGGGAGUCCACUGAUGUUGUGUCUUUUCUCCUGAGACAGGUCAUGAGGCAUGAAAACUCUAGCAUCCUGGAGCUCGAUGGAAAAGAAGUGACUGAAUUCACUCCCUCAAAACCUCGAGAGAAAUGGCUCCGCAAGAGGACUCAUGUGAAGAUCAGGAACGUGACUGCUAAUCACCGUGUCAAUGACGCAGUGUUCACAGAAGACUCCCAGCAGGUCGUGACAGGUCGCUUCAUGUAUGGCCCUCUGGACAUGGUCACCUUGGCCGGGGAGAAGGUUGACCUCCACAUCAUGACCCAGCCUCCAUCAGGAGAGUGGGUGUACUUCAACACAGAAGUGACCAACAGUAGUGGCCGUGUGUCUUUCGUCAUCCCAGAGGACCAACGUCUGGGCAUCGGAGUCUACCCGGUCAAAAUGGUUGUCAGAGGCGACCACACAUUUGCAGACAGCUACCUGACAGUUAUUCCACGUGGCACAGAGUUUGUGGUAUUCAGCAUUGACGGUUCAUUUGCUGCCAGUGUGUCAAUCAUGGGCAGUGAUCCCAAAGUCCGUGCAGGAGCCGUGGAUGUUGUCAGGCACUGGCAGGAUUUAGGCUAUUUGAUCAUCUAUGCGACAGGACGACCAGACAUGCAGAAGCAGCGGGUCGUGGCUUGGUUAUCUCAACACAACUUCCCUCAUGGCAUUGUCUCCUUCUGUGACGGCUUGGUCCACGACCCACUCAGACACAAGGCCAACUUCCUCAAGUCCCUGACAGAGGUUCACAUGAAGAUUUUCGCUGGCUAUGGAUCUAACAAAGACAUCUCAGUCUACACUUCCAUUGGCCUCCAUCCCUCCCAAAUAUACAUUGUCGGUAGACCCUCGAAGAAGAUGCAGCACCAGUGCCAGUUCAUCACAGAGGGAUAUGCGGCUCAUCUGUCCCAGCUGGAGUACAGCCAUCGAUCUCGUCCAGCUAAGUCCAGCAGUGCACGCAUGGUCCUGCGUAAAGGCAGCUUCGGCUUGGGUGCCAACAGUGACUUCCUAAGGAAGAGGAACCACCUGCUGCGCACCAUCUCCUCCCAACCGGCCCCCAGCUCCCCAACAGGCAGCAUCCACAACAGACCAGAGCGUACACAGAGCCAGUCAGACGGCGAGCGGCUGGAGGGCGCUCACAGCUACAGCCAGGGAGCAGCACAGCGCAGCAUGAGCAUCACAGCCAGCUGCUGGGGCCGCAGCAGCAGCACCAAGCUGGAACCGGGCAUUCUCAGCCCCAAAUGAGACGAGGGACGGUGUAAGAGUAAGAUGUAAGACUUCAGGGGAGUGACUUUAAAAAUACAGUGCUGAGGAGGAGACCCAUGACAAGGAAGCGCCAAGGGUUAAAAACAGCUGUCUUUCACCGGAUGGGUAAAUACAACAAUGGAAACAAUAGGUGCUACAAACCACUCUUUAUAAACUAAUGCCAGUCACACUCAACAUAGAUACUUAUGAACGGAGGCUUUGGCGAUAUUUAUUAUACAACACACACAUAACUCAACCGGCAUUUCAAAGAGCAUCUUCCUUAAACAGGAAACUUGCACACAAAUAGACACAUCUUAUAUUGUAGGGAUCCAGACUGUUUCUACUUUCUGUCCUGUUCAGUACAUAUUUAUCAGUCUUGAAUACAGGGUCAGUUUGUUUCCUAAAGCAGGCUUUUAGAUUGGUGAUGGUUACACAUACUAGCAUCCCAAUGCUGUAUACUUAAGCAAACAACACAAAGUGGCUACAGACAGCCUGUAUCAGGUCCAAGUUCUGAUACUGCUCUGCAACUGACUGCUGCCACUGCAAGCACCGCAAUUACCACAGAGAUCAACUUUGAGGCUUUUUUUAUGUGAUAAUAAGAUAUGUUCUCGUCUGGGAGCAGAGCUAAAAAUCAGGUAAAACUGGAUUUUAUGUGUUUCUUUUCCCAGUGUGACCAAACAAUCAGUUUGCCAAAAUGUACCUUCUGAAGAUUCUUUUAGAAAAACAUUAUUCAUCAGCAUGUUGCGCCCGGCUCGUGGGCCGCAACAAAGCAGGAGAGACGCACACUAGACUUAGCAUUAACAAUCUCAAGUAAGUCAAAGUAAAGAAGACACAACAGGCUGGUGGAGACCGACCGACCACACCGGCGUCUGCUCACAUAGAUGAAGAACACUGGCCAGGAGUUCCCAAAUAGGGUGACGGCACCGUAGCUCCACUUAGCAAACAACACACAAAGAACAAGGGCAGCAGGACCGAGGCAACAGGCCUCUGAGGUCGUCACAGCAUUAAGAAGGUUUUUUGAGGAAGCUAACAAUAAAUGUAUACCGUCCAGUUUUGCUUGUUUUCUAGUUGCCCCACAGAACAAAGUACCAUUUAAAUAUCACAUGAAGCAAACAGAGAAAUGACCCUUUAACUAUGGUUGCAGCGGGAACCGUUGCUGGGACUUAAAAGCAUUUGACCACAUCUCACCACACUCGGGAAAGCUCCUGCUGCUGUACGGUUAAUGUGCCAAAGUAAACCGUAUAGAAUGAUAUGCUGUACAUGAGGAAAUGAUUACGGUCUCCUGUGUAAAAAUGUAAUAGAUUGUGUAAAUAUAUGUAGUUGAAUGGCUUAUUGAGGCUUGUAUAUAAUUGUUAUAUUACAGUGCAGAUCUGGUAUCUGGUCCACUGAAGACCAGUUUCAAGUGUCUUCUUUACUCUGGGGGUAAACGCCACCUCAUUCAAAACAAUUGAUGAUCAUAACGAUUCUUAUUUAAGAUUAUAGAUAUUUUAAAAUGUAUUGAUUUUGUGAACAAAGUGUGAUUUAAGAUUACUUAAGAUAUGUUGGUUUUCAUUUUCCUUUAAAUUCUGUUGCAACAGCCAAAACUCGGAAGAGUUGCCUGGCACAGUAUUGUAUUUUUAUUAUUUUAUCUUACAGAUCUCCAGAAUUGUAUAAACAGAACUGCUAUCUUG